AUGGACGCUCUUAGUUCACCGCCCCGCCCCCCCAGGCCGAAACAGCAGCCAAUGGCUACUGAGUCGCCCCAGGGGACCGGGAACGGCUUAAGCCUCUCCACCACGGCAAGGUGGCGUCCACGGAGAGGUGCACCCUUCAAAGAGGGCCGAAAACAAGAUCAACCAGCACCGGACGCCUUCGAGUUUUUCAAAGCUGGGGAAGGCGCACCCCACUCUGUGGAUGAAAGGCUCGGGAGCAUCUGUCCGCCUCAGUUCCCUCGGGUUCCACCGACCCUAUCCGAAUGGAAACCCUAUGACCCGCUUGAGCCCAGGAACCGAAGUUCCCCGGUCCCACCGACCCUAUCCGAAUGGGAACCUCCGGACCCAAGCGAGCCAGAAACCUUAGCGGAGGAACCCAUCACCCAACAUAACCACGCCAUACGGGCACACGUGACUCGAGUUAAAUGUGCAUCCGGUUUUCCGGAGGGUGAUGCACCACCCCUCAACCUCACCUCCCGCUUGAAGAGCGGAAGAUGGGCUUCCUACCCGAGAGAAGCUCCGCCUCCACGUGGAGACGGUGUUGUGCUGUAUCAACCAGCACCGGACGCCUUCGAGUUUUUCAAAGCUGGGGAAGGCGCACCCCACUCUGUGGAUGAAAGGCUCGGGAGCAUCUGUCCGCCUCAGUUCCCUCGGGUUCCACCGACCCUAUCCGAAUGGAAACCCUAUGACCCGCUUGAGCCCAGGAACCGAAGUUCCCCGGUCCCACCGACCCUAUCCGAAUGGGAACCUCCGGACCCAAGCGAGCCAGAAACCUUAGCGGAGGAGAAAUGCUUUAUGCAUACCACCACCCUCGGGGGAGGAGUGGAUGGUUAUGCGGGACUCCCGGUCAUUGUCGACCGGUUUACCCGCUAA